AUGUCGAUAUUCAAAGCCUUAUCCUUUUCGCUCGUUUUGUUGUCCUUCAAGAUUCAUGGAGCUGCAGGUGUGAACUACUCGUUUUCGUUUGAUGGGUUCGCAAAGUCUCCGAGUCUUGACAAGAACGUUGCUUUGUUUGGAGAUUCGAAGCUUGUCAGUGACGCUUCUUCGAUUCAGCUGACUGACUCAGUGAGUGGAAGCGAGGGAAGAGUCGUUUACAAGGAACCCAUCAAUCUUUUCCAAGGUAAAGAGAGUAGUAACUCGUUAUCUUUCUCGAGUUACUUCUCGUUCUCAAUGCCUAAUGAGGUUGGUGAUGUCUUGGCUUUUGUUAUGGUUCCAACUAGUUUGGAUCUUGGUCUGUUCAGUAAGAAAGAUAACAGUUCCUCUGCGUUAGGGUUUCUGUUUGAGUACGCAAAGAACGAGACAGUUGUGGCUUUUGAGUUUGAUAUUUCCAAUAGAGGAAACUAUGCAAGAGUCUUGAUAGGUAAACCUGAAGUUUCUGAAAUUCGAAACCUUUCUUUUGAGGGUGACUUGGUGAUGGAAAAUGGAGGGAGGUUGAACUGUAUGAUUGAGUAUGAAGCACUUUCUAAGAGAGUGAUGGUUAGAUUUAGAAAACCAGGUUCGAUAAAGAUGUUGGAUCCAUUCUUCUAUUUCUCGGUAGAUUUAGGGGAGUUAUGGAAUGGUGGUGAGUUCUUGGUGGGGUUAAGCUCUAUAAACGGUGCAGUAUGUGGAGCGUUAGGGGUAAUGUUGGCUUUGUAUCUCUGGACAGUAUGUGGUCUGAGGAGGUCAAUGGCGGUGGUGGUGCCAGAGGAAUGCCAUGUGAAGACGAUGAGUGUUGUGGUGGGUGGUAUUGAAGAAGACAAGAAGUAG